GUAAUAAUGGGGGGAGUCGCGUCGACUGAGACCAGGCAGAUUUGCAGCUAGUUUGGGAUUGUUUGGCCCAUUUUACUGUCAAAGUCCUUGCUUAUGUACAUUAUUCAUGCAUGUUUUUUGUGUUUAUGUUUGUUUCACAACUAAGCAACGGGCCGUUAUACUCACCGUAUGAGCCCUCUCUGUAGAAACUAGUGGUAGUGUCCUAGCAGGGACAGCCAAAUAUUUGACAAACUAGCCAUCGUUGGCUAGCGAGCUAGCUUCAAAUUAUACUUUGGAUAAUUAUAAAUUAGCCGUCUUCACCCGAUAUAGUAUAUGCUGAGGUUUUAAAUUCUACCACACGCAAGAUGUCAACGCCAGCUAGAAGACGUUUGAUGAGAGAUUUUAAACGGCUGCAAGAGGAUCCUCCAGCUGGUGUUAGUGGUGCCCCAUCUGAAAACAACAUUAUGGUUUGGAAUGCAGUCAUUUUUGGUCCAGAGGGAACACCUUUUGAAGAUGGUACCUUCAAACUUACCAUUGAAUUUACAGAGGAAUAUCCAAAUAAACCUCCAACAGUGCGAUUUGUCUCCAAAAUGUUUCAUCCUAAUGUGUAUGCUGAUGGAAGCAUAUGCUUAGAUAUACUUCAGAACCGCUGGAGUCCAACAUAUGACGUCUCUUCAAUCUUAACUUCAAUACAGUCAUUACUGGAUGAACCAAACCCCAACAGUCCAGCUAACAGUCAAGCAGCCCAGCUGUACCAGGAAAACAAGCGGGAGUAUGAGAAGAGGGUUUCUGCUAUUGUUGAACAGAGCUGGCGUGACUGUUGACCCCUGUUAUCAUUAACAUAUGACCACCAGUGUCUAGUCCACAACCACGAAACCACCAAUCAACAAAAACAAAUACACAAUCAUGAAAUCCAUACAUUGUAACAUCCUUCUAAGUACAGUAUAGUAUACUUCUCCCAUAAAUGUUUCAAGUUUGUAUGCUGUUGUGUUGUGGCAUUUGGUCCUGACAGAUGCUGUUGUCUGGCAAUAGCGUGUUUGUUAAAAGUUAAUGUACCUUGUUAUAACUGGGUUACUUGCCAUAUGCCCCAACUGUUUUGUUCAAUAUACUGUGUCUGACACAGUGUUUGAUACAGUUGAUAUUUUCUGUAUGGUUUGAUUUCAACACAGUUAAAAUUCAUAGGGGUUGCUGUGGGCUCAUUUUUGUGUUUUAACAGCCUUAAAAGAUGGAUCUUUAAAUAUUAAACUAUUUUUGAUUAUUUAUUCCCUUUACAGCUUCACAAAUGCCUUUGGUGUGUUCUCUUCAUGCCUUUUAAAUCUCAUAUUGGUGAAUAUGACUGUCCUUGUUUUUCACACAUUUUAGAUCCUUUCAAAUUAGGAUUUUUGAAAGUGCAACAGCAUUAAUUAAGUGUAGCACUUGGUGUGAGGAUAUUUCUACACUAUUUUACACUAUCAGCCACUCGGUAUACAGUUUGAAAGAUGUUUUUUCAGAACGUACAACUUUACACUGGUAACCCAUGUAACAAACUGUACAUUUUCUUGUAAAUAAAAUAAAUAUAAACCAG